UCAAACCAUCCUGGCUAUCACAGUUACGAGACGUGGAGAAACAGCACGCACACUUAUCAAAAGUGGUGUCAUGUCGGUGGUUACUCAGCAACCUGGAUUUGCCCCAUCUGGAGCUCUGUCUCCAACGGGAGAGUGGAGCACCAACCUCUUUGACUGUUGUGAUGACUGUGGCAUUUGCCUGUUUGGGAUGUGCCUCCCAACAUGCUUUACGUGUUACGUGGCCAACAUGUAUGGAGAGAACUGCCUUUUACCAUGUGUUCCAGGGGGCCUGACGGCUAUGCGCACACACAUGCGUCUGUCAUAUGGCAUAAGGGGUACUGUGUGCAAUGAUGCACUUCUGAUGUGUUUCUGUGGCUUGUGUGAGAUGUGUAGAAUGGCAAGAGAAGUUAAACAUCGAUCUCCUUAACCAGCAAGGCACGCCUUCCCAACUUCAAAAGGCUUCAUCUACAACAUGGACUGAAGUCAGUGCAUUCUGCCUACUGGUGCCUGUACUAAAUACAAACAUAACAUAAACAUGUAUAUGCGAAAGAAAUAAUUUGCUCACUUUUAUACUGUCAUAUUAAAAAAAAAAAGAAUAAUUCUUUUA